UUGACCCCUGUGUAAAAACAAGCCGAUCAGCUGCAACAACAUCUAACCAGGCGCUGCUGAUGAAACAUAGCUUAGCUCCGCCGACGGUAGCUAUAUGUGGCAGUCGGCAGGAUGGUCCUACGGGUGCAGUUUUAGACCGAGUCCAGACAGCGUCUUUAGCCUGACAACCGUCCAACGGGUCGGUGAGAACUUUUUUGGUCAGUGGACUGAAAUUAGCCGUGUUUGUCUCCCCAGAAGUGAGUUGUUUCUUUGUGUAGUAGCUGCUGUUAGCUAACGGCUGUUCAUUAUUGAGUUAGAGGACUCUGACUUGAAACUUAGCACCAUCUGGUUUACCAUGAGUGGCCAAAGUCCGGCAGUGGAUAAAGGAAUGAACACAGUCCUAGUCUGCCAGGAGAGCUACGCCUGUGGAGGGUCAGAUGAGGCUGUGUUUGAAUGCGAUGAAUGCGGCAGCUUGCAGUGUGCCCGCUGUGAACUCGACCUCCACCGCCAAGAGCGCAUGAGGAAUCACGACCGGGUUCGGAUCAUGCCGGGUCACGUUCCCUUCUGCGACGCCUGUAAAGGUGACAACAGCUGCACUGUCAGACUCAGAGCGGUGGUGCGCUGCCAGGGCUGUAAGAUCAACCUGUGUUUGGACUGCCAGAAGCGCACUCAUGGCGGAGUAAACAAGAGGAAGCACCCUCUCACGCGUUAUCCCCCCGCCAAGGCUCUUCAGGAGAGCAGCUUGACUGACGGGGAGACGGAGAUGGUGAUCCUCAAGUCGAAGCUGGAGAAGGUGUGCAGCUUCCUGUUGGUUGAUGAGAGGGAGCAUAUGCAGGUGAGGAAUGAGGAGGAUUUUGUCAGCAGACUGGGCUGCACUCCAGAUGAGCUUCUCAAGGUGGUCUCCAUCUUUGGCAACACUGGGGAGGGCAAAUCUUACACCCUGGACCACACCUUCUUUCUUGGAAGAGAAGUGUUUAAGACCUCCCCCACACAAGAGUCUUGCACCGUGGGUGUUUGGGCAGCUUUGGACCCUAUCCAUAGAGUUGUAGUCAUUGACACAGAGGGUUUGCUUGGGGCUGGAGCUAAUCAAGGUCAGCGAACGCGGCUUCUUCUCAAGGUCCUGGCUAUCUCUGAUGUGGUUAUUUACCGAACACACGCAGACCGGCUCCAUGAUGAUCUCUUUAAGUUCCUUGGAGACGCAUCAGACGCCUACCUAAAACACUUUACAAGGGAGCUGAAGGUAACCACGGCCCGCUGUGGUCUGGAUGUUCCGUUGUCUACACUGGGUCCUGCAGUGAUCAUUUUCCAUGAGACCGUCCACACCAAGCUUCUAGGAUCAGACAAACCUUCUGAAUCCGCUGAGCGUCUGCUCCAGGAACGUUUCAGGAAACUGGGGCUUUUUCCUGAAGCUUUCAGCUCCAUCCAGUACCGUGGGACUCGCACCUACAACCCUCCCACAGACUUCAGCGGCUUGCUGCGCAGCCUGGAGCACCAGCUGGAUAACAACAACACCCGAUCACCACGUUCUGCGAGCGUCAUCUUCAAGGCCCUGCAGGCCUUGAGUGAGCGUUUCUGUGGGGAGAUUCCAGAUGAACGAAUGACCAGUAACUCCUUUUUUCCAGAUGAGUACUUCACCUGCUCCAACAUCUGCCUCAGCUGUGGGUCAGGCUGCAAGAGAAGCAUGAAUCACCUAAAAGAGGGACUUAACCACGAAGCCAAACAUCGAUGCCGCUACUCUGCGCAACACGACAACCGCAUCUACACUUGCAAGGCCUGCUAUGAGGGUGGAAAGGAAGUGAUAGUGGUUCCCAAAACAACGGCCUCGUCCGACUCACCAUGGUUUGGCUUGGCCAUCUACGCCUGGUCAGGAUAUGUAAUCGAGUGCCCGAACUGUGGAGUGAUCUACAGGAGCAGACAGUACUGGUAUGGAAACCAGGAUCCGGUGGAAACAGUGGUGAGGACAGAGAUCCAGCACAUCUGGCCUGGGUCUGAUGGCUUUUUAAAAGACAACAACAAUGCUGCUCAGAGGCUGUUGGAUGGAGUCAAAUACAUUUCUCAGUCCGUGUCCGAACUCAGCGUCAAACCUGCCAAAGCGGUCACCUCCUGGUUGACCGACCAGAUUGCUCCCAUCUACUGGAAACCCAAUUCCCUUAUCAUGAAUUGUCAUAAAUGUGGGGAGGAGUUUCAACCCAACGACACCAAGCACCACUGCCGUGCCUGCGGAGAGGGUUUUUGCAACACCUGCUCAUCCAAAACCCGGCCGGUCCCGGAGAGGGGCUGGGGGCUCGCAGCAGUCCGGGUCUGCGAUGCAUGUUUUCACAACCGAGGAAUCUCAACUGAGUUACUGGAUGCUGCCUUGGAGGAAGAGGGAGGCACCUUGAUAGCAAGAAGGGUUGGGGAGGCAGUUCAAAACACUUUGGGUGCUGUAGUUGGUGCCAUUGACAUACCUUUAGGUCUAGUAAAAGAUGCAGCUCGCCCUGCCUACUGGGUCCCAGACCAGGACAUCCAGUCCUGCUGCGAGUGCCAAAGGGAGUUCUCUCCACGUCUGUCAAUCCAUCACUGUCGCGCCUGUGGCCAGGGCGUGUGUGAUGACUGCUCCAAGGAUCGCCGCCCUGUGCCGUCCCGUGGCUGGGACCACCCGGUGCGGGUCUGCAAGGGUUGUAUCCAGAAAUCCGGGGAACUCUAGCAGAACGGGGAGCUGGAAUGGUUAAAAGCACAGGAACACUGUGGGAUAGAACCUCACUUAGGGAUGUUGGAUCCGUUCUUGAGGCUUCCGGAAAAUGGACUGUUUAUUAUGUUUUAUUGCUGGUCUCACAUCACCUCUAUGAUCAGACUGACUUCAAUAUGCCUAAAAUUUACACUGUGAAUACCAGUUAGAAAUAGACUUCACUUGAAUGGCAAGAAGAGGUAAAAUGUCUGCUUAAAGCUGAAUUCAGGUUACUUUCUCUCUCUAGAUCCCCCUUUGCUGUAGAUUUAGGCUCCUCAACCCUUUGACAAUCCCUUUCAGUAUGACAUUGUCAUACUUUUAGCACCUUUUGUAUAGUUUGGAGCCAUGUGUGUGGAUGAUUUAGAAAGCAAAGUAGGAACUGUAGUUAUUUGCCUGCAAGAUGCUUCCUCCAGUUUCUCCCCCUUCAAUCGUGUUAACUCUUCAACCUCCCUUUUCACUGACGGUUAUUCUGUUGCAUCAAGAUUCCAAACAACACAACCUACAUAAAGACAUAGUAAUCCUCAUUGUUGCCGUACACUCAGGUGGCCCUUUGCAAUGCAACAGCCUUUGUAGUGCUGUCCCAUUUUAAUUGUUUUACAUUUUAAAAGGAAUAUAUGCAAGAAGGUUUACUGUAACAAGGACAUGUUUAGAUAAACUAAAAUAUGUCCACAGAUUUAAACACAACAGUAUGUUUAUGUAGGGUGACCGAUUCACAGAAACACAGUAUUUGAGGCUGGCUCCUCAAACCAGGAGACAUUGGAGCUUUUAGUGAGCAGCGUUUGCAUGUGUUGCAACUGGAAUAAUCUGCUGAAUCGAACAACUUUGUGUUUGUCAGUUUUUUUUUUUUUUCUCCCUCUGAAUAUCUGGGAAUUAUGAGACUUGGCUAUAUGGAAGCUGGUUCGGUCAAGAAGUUGUCGGGUAAAUAACAGACUCUUCGACCGGAGUCAGAUGUUCUCACUGAAUAUAGAUAUCACAUCAUGGAACCAGUCAUCAAUCAUGUUCCUGUAUUCCUCAUUCAGUAUGCAUUAAACUGGAGAAACACUUA